UCUGGUCCGGUCGCACGUGAGGUCCUCCGCACCCGAGCACCGAGCCGCGGCCCUAGGCUGUCGCUGGGGCCGACCUCGGGGACCAAGAUGUGGGGCCCGGCCGCGGGGCUUCCUCCGCGCCGGGUGCAGUCGGCUCUGGCGGGCGCCGGUCGCUUCUGCCUUUGGAGGCCCGGGGCGGCGACGCGGAGGCCCGGGGCGGCGUGGGGCCUCCGCGGCUUCUCCGACUCGUACCUGCAGCCCCUGCCCUACCUGGACUUCGAGGAGUCCUUCCCCGGCGAGUCCCGGCUCGGCCCCGAGCCCAAGCGCUACAUCACCCACCGCGGGCUGGCGCGCACCCUGGGCCAGCUGCUCCUGGGGAGGACGCGGCGCGACGCGGUCAUCCUCGAGUGCAAUCCCGGUCCUGGAAUUUUGACUCAAGUGUUACUUGAGUUUGGUUCCAGAGUGGUUGCCCUUGAAAGUGAAAGAGCUUUUAUUCCACACUUGGAGUCCUUAGGGAAAGAUACGAAUGGAAAACUAGACGUGGUCCACUGUGACUUUUUUAAACUGGAUCCCAAGGUGUGUGAAGUAAUAAAGCCACCUAUCAUGAUUUCAAAAACACUUUUUAAGAGUUUGGGGAUAAAAGCACUUCCGUGGUCAGAAGGUAUCCCUUUGAAGGUAUUUGGAAUCUUCCCAAUCAAACAUGAAAGAAAGGCACUUUGGAAACUUCUGUAUCAUCUGUAUGCCUGUAAUUCUAUAUAUAGAUAUGGGCGAGUAGAACUGAAUAUGUUCAUUGGUGAAAGAGAAUAUCAGAGACUGACGGCCACUCCCAAAAGUCCAGACACUUACCAGGUACUGAGUGUGAUUGGUCAGGUGGCCUGUGAGGUCAAGCUUCUUCACAAGGAGCCUUGGUCAUCAUUUGAUGUAUAUGCCCAAAGUGGGAAGCUAGAAAAACCAAAGAAUAAGGAAAUAUCAGAACUGAUGGAACAAAACAUGUAUUUUAUUCGAUUGAUUCCUCGUAAAAAUUUAUUUACAGAAAACUUAACUCCUAUUAACUUUGACAUAUUUUUUCAUAUGGUUCGGCACUGUUUUGGGAAGCCCAAUGCCAGUCUUCUACAUCACUUACGUGCACUGAGUCCAAUUGAUUCAAAGGAAAUAUUGAGGAAAAUGAAAAUUUCUGAAACAAAGAAGGUCAAUAAAAUGUCCCCUCGUGACUUUAAGCAGGUUUUUGAAAGAAUAGAGAGUAUGGAAGGCGAUGGCCCCUACAAGUGGUUGUAUGAUGACAGCAUGGACGACUCCCUGGUGUAGAGAGGACUGUAUGCGGCUGGAUGGCAGUAGGCACAAGUGGAAAACUCAGAUCCUUCAACACCAGGACUAAAUAAGGUGUUUCUUCUGAGGUUGAUACUAUUGCUUUGCUGGAUAAACUGAUUUUAUUCACAACUGAAUAAAACUGAAAUUUGAAUUAAA